UGGGCAGGGGGCUGCCGGGGAAGACUAGGGUAAGGGGAACAGGACUGUGGGCUCAGCCAUUUGACUUUCUCCUAUGGUCUCUUCCGAGCCACCUCUGGCUGAACCUUUGGCCCGACCUCUCAACCUGAGAGAAGCUUGGAGCCCCAAGUGCCUGGACAGGGACAGUGGGAGAAAAGGAGAGAUGACAGCACACUUAGCCUUAGAGUUGAAGGAGUUAAGGACCCUCCCUCAUCCAGACACCCACCCCUUCGCUCCUGAAACCAUAAUUCGCCAAGGAAGGAACCAAGAAUUGACAGAGGAUCUGGGAAGUUGGGGGUGGGGUGGGAUGGGGGCGAGGUAACUAUGGCCCAAUCUUGCCCAGAGCUUGUCCUCGGUGGGAGGACAUACACCCGGGUCUAAGAACCUGCAAGAGCCCAGCUCCGGCGCCUGCUUUCAUCGAGUCUCCCGCGUGGCCUUGCAGCGUCCGCGCCGCCCUUUGCCCCCGCGCAAGUUGUCCGCGGCGCCUGGGGGUGGAGGCGGCCAAAAGACCCCUGGAGCCUGGAGGAGGCGGCGGGCCCGGGGGCGCUGGGGGCCCUCCGUUUGCGCCCAGCCGCCGCUCGCUCUACCGAACCUCCUACCCCGCCCCCACUCACCCGGCUCAGCCCCUAGGAGAGACGCGCAGGAAGCGUGUUGCUUCGCCCAGCCGAUCGGCAGAAGUUGAGAGGAGUUGGUGGCUGCCUCCGGCCGGCCGGACUUUGCGAGCAGCCAGGAGAAGAGACGCCGCCGCUGCCGCGAAGCCUUCGGGGCUGCCUCCCUCCAGCCUAGCCCGCAGCGCGGGUGGAGAGGGGCGGGGAGGGGGUCGGGUGCGCGAGAAGAACUUGAAACUGUGUGAAGGAAUCCGAAGCAGAUGAGACGGGAGGAAAAUAAAACAAAGUGGAGACUGCAGAAAAGACUCAACCGUAGUUGAUUGUAUCGGCUGACGCUCCAGCAGAGGGGCUGGGUUGGUUUUUUUUUUUUUCCUCCCAUUCUCUCUCUCUCUCUCUCUCUCUCUCUCUCUCUCUCUUUUAAAGCUACACCAGCUCUCUCUUUCUCUACUAUCUCUGUAUCAUCAAACCCUUGCUGGCUCUUAUGGGCAUGAAACACUCCUCCCGCUGCCUGCUCCUAAGGAGGAAAAUGGCGGAGAACGCUGCUGAGAACACCGAGGGCUGCUGUGACAAAGAACCACAAACAGGCUGUCUUAAAACAACAGAGGUGUACUCUCUGGCAGUUCUGCAGGCCACAAGUCUGAGAUCCAGAUGCUAACAGGGUGAGCAGUGCCCCCCCGCAGCCCCCUCAGCCCGUCGCCCCACCCAAGCCUGUGCAAUGUGUCCAUCAUGUCUCCACGCAACCCAGCUGCCCAGGACGGGGCAAGAUGUCCAAGCUGCUGAACCCAGAGGAGAUGACCUCGAGAGAUUAUUACUUCGACUCCUACGCUCACUUUGGGAUCCACGAGGAAAUGCUGAAGGAUGAGGUGCGGACACUCACCUACCGGAACUCCAUGUAUCACAACAAGCAUGUGUUCAAGGACAAAGUGGUGCUGGACGUUGGGAGUGGUACCGGGAUCCUUUCCAUGUUUGCUGCCAAAGCAGGGGCCAAGAAGGUGUUUGGGAUUGAAUGUUCCAGUAUUUCUGACUACUCAGAGAAGAUCAUUAAGGCCAACCACUUGGACAACAUCAUCACCAUAUUUAAGGGUAAAGUGGAAGAGGUGGAGCUGCCUGUGGAGAAGGUAGACAUCAUCAUCAGCGAGUGGAUGGGCUACUGUCUGUUCUAUGAGUCAAUGCUCAACACGGUGAUCUUUGCCAGGGACAAGUGGCUGAAACCUGGAGGGCUUAUGUUUCCAGACCGGGCAGCAUUGUACGUGGUAGCAAUUGAAGACAGACAGUACAAGGACUUCAAAAUCCACUGGUGGGAGAAUGUCUAUGGCUUUGAUAUGACCUGUAUCCGGGAUGUCGCCAUGAAGGAGCCCCUGGUGGACAUCGUGGAUCCAAAGCAAGUGGUGACCAAUGCCUGUUUAAUAAAGGAAGUGGACAUUUACACGGUGAAGACGGAAGAGCUGUCAUUCACAUCUGCCUUCUGCCUGCAGAUACAGCGAAAUGACUACAUCCACGCCCUGGUCACCUAUUUUAAUAUUGAAUUUACCAAGUGCCACAAGAAAAUGGGGUUUUCCACAGUCUUCUCAUUUUUAGCUCUGGUCCCAAGCAAAGAGGAAAUCAGUAUUAAUGAGUCCUACAUCCAGGUGGAGGAAGCCCCCGAUGCCCCCUACACCCACUGGAAGCAGACUGUCUUCUACUUGGAAGAUUACCUCACUGUCCGGAGGGGGGAAGAAAUCUAUGGGACCAUAUCCAUGAAGCCAAAUGCCAAAAAUGUGCGAGACCUCGAUUUCACGGUAGAUUUGGAUUUUAAGGGACAGCUGUGUGAAACAUCUGUAUCUAAUGACUACAAAAUGCGUUAGCAUACGUGGGAGGCUGCAGACAGCGAGCAAGAAGAGAAACUCUUGCCUCGAUCUGCGGCUCUGUAACAAGGAACACCGUUUGCAGGACUACACUCUCGAAAACCAGAGUUUUUAAAUUCUGCCUUGAAGAUUGGUGAACUCACCAGGGCUCCCGUGGGCCACUGGACAGAGAGCUUCCAGUUCCUCAGCUCUGCUCUGGGAGCCCUUCACAGAGGCUUUGUUGUCGCCGACAAAGAGCAACCUCCAGUGCUGUGGCUGGGGCCCCCGAGGAUGGAAAAGUAUACACGUAUACCCAUUUGUCCUCCUUAACUGUGAAUCUCUGGAACUUCCAAGUUUUGCAUGCUGCAGGCAUCUAGGACAGAUUGCUUCACUAGAACCUGGAGACAUAGUGUCUUUGAUAGCAUAAGCCAGAUUACCUGUCUGUGCGGUGGUGUGCGUGUGCGCGUGUGUGUGCGUGUGCGUGUACAGCAUAUACAUUAGUUUAUUUACCCACACCUGUAUAUGCAUGCAUAUACAACCACGUGGGUAUAUUUCUGUGUUCAUUCAGGGUGUGUGUGUGUGUGUGUAUGUGUGUGUGUGUGUGUGUGUGUGUGUGCGCGCGCGCGCGUAGAAUAUAUAUUACUCUCAGAGGAGAUUCUGUUGCUUUCGAAUAGGAAUUUGUUUUGUGAUUAGUUCUCCCCACUUCCCAUCCCUUACAGAUGUUAAGCAGCUAUGAAACGUUCUCUGUACUAGCUCUGGUCUUCUUCUGACUAGACUGUGGCUCUGAACCCUGAGCAUAGUACCACGCACUCUGUUGGCACUCAAUAAAUGCACAUGAGAGCGAA